CCAAGCGAUGAUUCUGCCCCUCGGGAUCGCCGGAACCCGACAUCUAGUGAUUCAGUAAAAAGUGCAUAGACGUCAUUGCUUCUGUCAGGGAUGUGUAAAUUGGGGAACAAAAGCAAUAAAUGGAAAUUUGUGUACAACUGAGGGCCUCAUUCAUCUAAGGUGAUCUGGUUUUCUGAUAUGUUGACUCAGAGCUUAAGGUCUGAAAGUGGACGAUGAAAGGCCCCACCAUCAACCCACCACAAAAAAUAUUGGCGCGAUGAUUCUUAUAAAUACAUGCUUCUUGUUUGAGCUUUUAUCAAAUUCAUCCUAAUUUUAGCACAAUUUUUUGAGAAAAUGUCUUCAGAUUCUGGAAUUGUCCCUCUUUUAACCCCUUGCCAAAUGGGUAAAUUCCAUCUUUCUCAUAGGGUUGUUUUAGCACCAUUAACCAGACAGAGGUCGUAUGGAAAUGUUCCUCAACCACAUGCAAUUUUAUAUUACUCUCAGCGGACUUCAAAUGGAGGUUUGCUCAUAUCUGAAGCAACUGGAGUUUCUGUCACUGCUCAAGGGUACCCGGAUACACCUGGAAUAUGGAAUAGAGAGCAGGUUGAAGCAUGGAAACCUAUUGUUGAUGCUGUGCAUGCAAAAGGUGGUAUCUUUUUCUGUCAGAUAUGGCAUGUUGGAAGGGUUUCAAAUGAAGGUUUCCAGCCAAAUGGCCAAGCUCCAAUCUCUUGCACAGACAAGCCACUUACACCACAAAUGCGGGCCAAUGGUAUAGAUAUUGCACAGUUCUCAAUCCCGAGACGGCUAACAACAGAAGAGAUACCUUCAGUUGUUAAUGAUUUCAGACUUGCGGCUAGAAAUGCCAUAGAAGCUGGCUUUGAUGGUGUUGAACUACAUGGAGCUCAUGGCUAUCUCAUUGAUCAGUUUAUGAAAGACCAAGUAAAUGACCGUACAGACCAUUAUGGUGGAUCUCUAGAGAAUCGUUGUAGAUUUGCUCUAGAAGUAGUUGAAGCAGUUGUGAAUGAGAUUGGUGCAGAUAGAGUUGGAUUUCGUAUUUCCCCCUUUGCCAAUUAUUCGGAAUCUGGAGACUCGAAUCCAGAAGCUCUAGGCCUUUACAUGGCUGAAUCUCUCAGCAAGCGCGGAAUUCUAUUUUGCCAUGCUGUCGAACCUAGGAUGAUAACCGUCGGAGAGAAGAAAGAAUGUCCUCAUAGUUUGCUGCCCAUUAGGAACGCUUUCAAUGGUACUUUCAUUGCUGCCGGAGGUUAUGAUAGGGAAGAGGGGAAUAAGGCCGUGAUGAAUGGUUACACUGAUCUUGUUGCUUAUGGUCGUGUGUUUCUGGCUAAUCCAGAUUUGCCCAAAAGAUUCGAGCUUAAUGCACCUCUGAAUAAGUAUCACAGAGAAACAUUUUACAUCUCUGAUCCCGUUGUUGGCUACACUGAUUAUCCAUUCCUUGAAGACGCGAUGUAGUUCAGAUACUAAAAUUUCAAACUCUGUUAUCCUUCAGUCAAUUUGUUAAAGGUAUGAUUUCUUUGUAUCACUUUUUAGUUUCUAGAGAGCUAAGAAGGGUAAUAUGAUAUAGAUGGCUACUUGUCUGCAAGAAUGCUGCAUUCCUUCAUCAUGUAACCAUGUUGGGUGUACAUCAGUGAUUAGCUCAUAAAAAUACAUUUACUAUUAUGUAUCCCAAGGAUGAUAGUGUAAUCUACCACAUAUAUUAGACGUUUUUAUUCAGAAUGUAGAUUUAAACCUUAAAUUAUAUCAAGCAACUAAUGCAUAAGUCAUUAAUUAAUAGCUUAUGUAUUUUUUGACA